GUGCGUGUUCAUCAGUUCGACACACGACGCGCGAUCGCCAGUGCGAUCCAAUAGACCAGACUGCUAUUGAUUUUGUGAAAAAUUGAUACCUAGCGAGGGAAAGAGCGGCGGCCGGCCGUAAAAAAAUUAAAGUCGCGUGAUUUUAUACAGUGAACAAUUUAUUGCAUGCACUCUAGUACGUAGUCAACGCAACGGCCAUUUGUGUGUGAUCCAAAAAUACUUGUGCAAGUUGGCGGACAAUUCUUCUAGAACAGUGGACGGCAUUAAUCGAAUCCAAUUAAACUCCUGGAAACUGCGGUUAUGGUCCACAAAACUGAGUGAAAGAGAUUGAUAUUACACAGCGAGGGAAAAAACCGGGUGACUGUCACAUAUUGUCGUACCGUUGAAGUUCAUUGAAGCUCAUACCGAGCAUACCAAUAGACCAAUUACCGGCGUACACCAUAGAGCAGUAACUAUCAAGAGCACAAAAGAAAAACUGCCUACAGCCUUCAUUCGGCACGAUAAAACCAGGAGUUGAAAAAUGAUGGCAUCCUGCACGCCUUUCAACAAGCACAUCUUCAUCAACGGUGGUCCACCGAGUGAAACGACCGGUAGCGAAAUCUCGUCGGUCGAAAGUGACUGGGGCGACCUGCGGUUGAUUGCGGCUCAGCUAGGCGUAGCCAACCCGGACGACCUGCAUGUGGAACGGUUUAAAGUUGACCGCCAGAAGUUGGAGGAUAUGAUUAAAGUUGAAACGUAUUCAGAAGGGAUGAAUAGUGCAGAGGAAUUCUUCACGAAUAUCAUGAAGGAAACCACCACUUACGUCAGCUGGCCGUGCCGGCUGAAAAUCGGCGCCAAAACCAAGAAGGAUCCGCACAUCCGGAUCGUAGGCAAAAUGGCCGAUGUGUUGAAAGCGAAGGACGGAGUGAUGGCACGUUUGGACUCUCGGGGGAGCCGCGUCAUUAUGAAAAUGGAUGUCUCGUACACGGAUCACUCGUUCAUUAUCGGCCGCGGGGGAAACAACAUCAAGCGCAUUAUGGAGGAAACGGCGACCCACAUCCACUUCCCGGACUCGAACCGGUCGAAUCCUACGGAGAAGAGCAACCAGGUGUCGCUGUGCGGUAGUCUGGAGGGUGUCGAGCGGGCACGUGCGCUGGUGCGCAUCUCGACGCCGUUGCUGAUCUCGUUCGAGUUGCCUAUCCUGGCCCCCGGCAAGACGCCGCCGGACAACGAAACGCCGUACGUGAAAGAGGUCGAAAAGGAAUUCAACGUGCAGGUGAUAUUCUCUACCAGGCCGAAAUUGCACUCCUCAUUGGUGCUGGUCAAGGGGUCCGAAAAGGAGGAGCUGAAGGUGAAGGAAGCCACCCGUCGGCUGAUGGAUUUGAUGUGUGAGAGCAUUGCGAGUCAAAUUCCAGUGCAGAUGCAGCUGGAAAUUUCUACCCAACAUCAUCCGAUUGUGCUUGGCCGAGCUUCCAGCAAUUUGCGAGAAAUUAUGAGCAGAACCGGAACACAGAUAAUGUUCCCGGAUGCGAACGACGUAAACAUAAAGCCAAUCAAGCGUUCCCAGGUGACCAUUACCGGUUCGAUCAACGGCGUCUAUCUGGCAAGACAGCAAUUAAUAGGCAGCCUCCCGAUUGCAUUGAUAUUCGACUACCCGGAGAAUACGGUCGACUCGGAAGAGAUUGCCAAGCUGAUGUUCGCGCACGACGUUUUCAUAUCGGUACGGCAAAAGUCCCGCCAGAGCACUCUGUGCAUCGUCAUCAAAGGAAUCGAGAAGUUUAUCUCCAACAUUUAUGAAGCCCGGUAUAAUCUACUCAAGUGUACCGGUCCCAAUGUGGUCGUGGACAUACCGCGAUCCUAUUUGGGGCCAAACGAGCAGGCAAAAAAUUCUCAGAAUGUGUCGCAAAUGCUGGCUGGACCAGUUCCGCAACCAUUUUCUCCACUAUCGCCGAUAAAUCCUAUACCGUUUACCAACACGUGGCCAUCGCCAACCCCGGCUGCAGAAUUCGCUCUGAACCAAAUGCGCAAUCAAUUUUCAAACUUUCACUUGGGAACCCCCAAAAUGCAUUCACUGGCGGUCCCACCGGGUUUGGGAAAUUUUACCAACCCCGUGAAGUCGCAGCUGUCAAUAAAUACAACACUCGGUCAAACACAUUUACAAGUUCCUGGUGCGCACCUUCCGCUCAGUAACCGCAGUUCCAACAGUAGCAGCAUUAACGGAUCCUGUCAGAAUACCAGUAAUAGUAGCGCCAGCGGUGACCACUCCAGCGGUUAUCACAGCUUAAAUUGUAGCAACAGUUCUCUGGACCAGCAGCUGCAUGUAAGCAACACUUCUCUUCCUGGUCCAUCCGGUUCGGCUGGUUCUUCUUUGAUGAACAGCUCCCCGGAAAACAAUGCUAGCGGAGCAGCCUUGAACCGAUGUCGUCACAUGAGCUACAAUGAAAGUCCCCAGUUCCAGGCGGAUUAUGGUGACCAGCGGACGCCGAUGCCCUACGAGCACAAGAGCACACUUAACGAUUCCUUCGUGUUUAAUUUUGACCCACGCGUCGUCGCCGGCUACAAGGCAAUGCACAUGCCGCCUCAGCAUGGGGAGCUACGCACUCCGACACCGUCCUGGCAGGGACUCGGUCUCAGCCAGACGUCCCCGGUGCCACUGGAAGCUUGCGACCUCAGCUGGGCCAGCAGCAGUGGCAGCAGCGGGGGAGGCGGCACUGGUGGGGCCGCCGGAAGCGAUUCACGCCUCAACAUGACGACCACGAUGAUCGAUGUCACUCCGAUGCGGCAACGUGAGCAGCUAUCGCAGUACAAUGACGUUACUUCCAUACUGACCAACCUGGGCCUGGAGCAUUACAUCAAAAACUUCAUCAACGGUGAAAUUGACAUGACCGUAUUCCAAACACUCACCGACCAAGACUUACUGAAUCUGGACAUCAAACCGCUGGGGGCACGUCGCAAGAUUUUGAUGGCCAUUCACGACCUGUACACGCGUCACCACGGCAAUCCGUUCGCCAACAUGUCACCGGCUUCGUCGUCAUCGUCAAUGUCACGCUUCUCAGGUUCGGCCGCACCUGGAGCGGAGCGGCGCACCUCCAGCGGUCAAUAGAUGCAUGCAGGCUGGCAGAGGCGACGAUUGAAAGUGUUACGGUGCUGCCGAAAAAAUGAAUCUCUUCGUGACAAUAAACACCGGAACAACAGACUUGCAGGAAUCUCAAAAAGGCCAACGGCGGCGAAUGCAAGAUGUAGAGGACAAGGAUAAAAAUUAAUUAAACUCCCUUUUAAUUAAUUAUUUCCAUGCAAUCGCUCGUGUCGCAUCCCAUCGUCGAAGAGAUACUAAUUGCUUAUCGAUUGCCUGAAUUGUGCCCGCCGGAUAUUCCGUUUAGACUUUGUUUGUUCACGAGAUUUUGCAGCCUCACAGCGGCAGAAAAUGGACGACAACUGCAGUUCCGCGGAAAGCGCACUACAAAAUGUAUCGUCUUGUUCUGCAUGGAUUCCAUCUGCCCGGUGGGAAUUGAUCCGAAGACGAUCUGUGCACAGAAUUUGAACACGUUAAUCUGGAACACAAUUGCUUCAUAGUCCGUUCUAGUUGCCACCGGAGAUAAGCGUGCCGUAAGGAGAAAAUAUUUUCAAUUAAAUACCAUACCAACAGCGCUAGCCUAUCUGCAGAAUGCAGAUCCUCAUCGUCCCCCAGCCCGACAUCACCCGCGUCUUCUGCAUCAUAUUUAUUGCAUUCGUAAUCCUCACAUUCACCACAUUCAAUUAACACUCAUCACUCACACAGAGCACUCGUUUCAAAUUGCAUGCGAUUCACACAGUUUUUAAAUAUUCCGGUGAAACAUAAUAGCUCUUUUCAUUGCGUAGAAAAUUUAAGCCACACGGCCGGGGCAGUAAUUAAGUCGACACAGUUCUGCUUCUACGAGGAGAAGAACUGCGACGACCGUUUAAUUUCGGGCCAUUUGAAUAAAAAUUCAAUUUUUGCAUCCACCGGCAGCCAUUCCGUGCGAAAGUGGCAUUUGGUUGCCCGCGUGAGAAUUCUCCCAGCGAAACGGAAGCUUGUUCGACGCUACUCUGUUACUACUGCUGGCAGAUCCUAAUGUGCAAUGCUUAUUAUAGCUUAUCGAGGGAAAAAACAACAAAAAAAAAGAUGUCGUUUCAAGCUCCCGUUCCGACUGGGAAUGUUGUUAAUAGUAUUAAGGUUCCGGUUAGGCGCUUCUUUCAUACAACGUACAAUUUGCAUGAGCUACUAGUACAUAUCGAUAAAUUUAUUCACAGUUUUUCCUAAUUGUAAGCAUUGAAGAAAUAUUUUAAUUAAACUUGCAUGUUCGAUUACCAUUCAGCAGUUGAA